CUGAUGGCGCCAGCAUCGCCGGCAAAGAAAAACACAAUGAUCAGCUGAUUGAAGUUUAGAUGGAAAUUCGGUUCACACGUGGAUGGAUGGAGGAAGUAAGAAUUUAGAUAAAGACAAGCGUAUUAUGCCUCAUUCGAUAAUAUUAGACGAUGGUGAAACGCCAGAGCGUAACCUGUGCGCGAAUAUCGAUUUCGUCGGCUCUAGGAUAGAUAGGAAUCGCCAAGUAGCCAUGAAGAUAAAGGAUGUAUCGUCUUUGCUAUACGCUCUCCUUCUUAGCACGAUCCUAGAUAGAUUUUUCGUAUGUGUGGCUUCCGAAUUCACUUAUGGUUACGAAACCGAUGACUAUACCUUAGCUUUUAUUAAUAUAACAUAUACCGAUAGUAGAACUGGGAGAACAUUCAGCGAAGAAGAAGAAAUAGGAAAGUAUAGUGUUGGAAAAGUGGAUUCCGUUAGUGGAAUUGUUGUACAUGUUUCUAGUAAUAAUCACACUACACACGACGGUUGUUAUCCUUUAGACACAGACAAUAUCCCUCACGAACCGUGGAUUGCUCUCCUGAAGCAUGGACAGUGUCAAGACAGCACAAAGAUUCGCCAUGUGGCAUUGACAAAUGCAUCUGCAGCUGUUGUUUAUAGUGAUAAAACUGAUUCUAAGUUGAUAAAGAUGUAUCCUAAAGUAUUUAAUUUGGUGUCUAUAUUCACAACUAAAGAAAAAGGAGAGAAAAUAGCUAACUUAGUAGACAAUGGGACUCGAGUGAUGAUGUACAUAUCAGUCGGAACUCAUAACACCUUUCGAUACGCCAACAUCAACCGAACAUCUGUUCUCUUCGUUUCAGUCUCUUUUAUCAUUUUAAUGCUCAUUUCACUCGCAUGGCUGAUAUUUUACUACAUUCAGCGAUUUCGAUAUAUCCAUACCAAAGAUUUAUUAGCUAGAAGAUUAUGCAAUGCAGCUAGAAGAGCAUUGGAUAAAAUUCCAACAAAAACAUUAAGACAAGAUGAUAAGGAUUCUGGAGAAUUUGAAAACUGCUGCGCUGUCUGUAUAGAAUCAUUUAAAGUGGGAGAAGUCGUCAGAACUCUUCCUUGCACCCAUACUUUUCAUAAAUUGUGUAUUGAUCCAUGGCUCCUGGAGCAACGUUCUUGUCCGAUGUGUAAAAUGGACAUUUUAAAAUAUUUUGGCUUACUGUUUUCUGGUAGCAGAGAGAGUGUCUAUAACUUAGAUAUUCUGGAACCACGAAGCCAGUCCAGAGCAAUAGGGGAGAGAGAUCUCAUCAGAGUGCCAAUUUAUCAUUCGACUUCGUCGUCGUCUUCGUCUCCGUCAGCUCAGGGCAGAAAUGCCGCAAACAAUUCUCCUUUUUCUAUCAAUCAUUCUGUAGCUAUAGUAGAUAACAUACUGAUCAAUCCAGCAUGUUCCUCGACUGCGGUCUCUAGCAAUUCGCCCAUCUCUUCCCUUCACUGGAAUGAAGACACAGACACAGAGCUCUUUCCUGUCCAAGACGACGCAUCUUGGAUAAAAUCCCAAAAGUAUCACGAUCAGCCUGUGCAGCAGCCUUCGGGCACGACAUUAUUUUUGAACCAACAAAUGUAAUACAAUGUCAUAAAGUAUUUUAAAAGUAAGAAUUAAUCAUUCUCGUUAACAAGUAGUCAAAAAAAAAGAAAAAAUACACAAACCAAAUUACGGUCCGAAAAAAAAAAAAAAAAAGAAAUCGUUCCAUAUUCCUGUGAUGUUUUUAUUUAAUUACAAUUUAUACAUCUUCCUCUUAAAUCUUUUACUUCUAUUAAUUUGUAAAUAUUUUUAAGUAUCCAAAUUUAAGAUUAUUUGUACAGAUACCUUGUUAUUUAGUAAUUAGCACAUAAUUCAGUUUUAAAUUAAAAUGAAAAUGUGUACCACAUACAAUAUAUUCAUUUAAUCUUUCCAUAAAAAUUGAACAUAACAUCUGCAGCAGAAAUUAAGUUUGUGGUGUUUGAAACAUUUUAUAGAUGAAGAAUACAUAAAUUUAAGAAAUUUUAAAGCUCAACAACAAUAAAAAUUGUAUGUAAUUUUCAAAAAAAUCAUGCAUAUUAAACAUGAACUAUUUUUUCAUAUUAUGUGGUACAAAGUACUAUAAGUUAAAUAAAAGGUCAUAGAAAGAAAAUUGGAUCCUCUUAACGUCUUCAGACUUCAAGAUGAUCCGAUAAAUAAAAGUUAUUGGGAAUUUGUAUUAAAAUUUUAUUGAUGUAUAUUUUACAAUUAAACAUAUUCAUGUCAUUUUGUGGAUAAAAUGAAGGUUUAGGUUGCCAGGCUGACGGCAACUUCCCACAUUUAAACACUAUUGUGUCGGGGUUUUAAUUUUAUAGGAAGUAACGGAAUUUCAAUUAUUUUAUUAUUCUGAAAGAGCCAGGUGUAAGAACAAGUUUGCCUUAACUAUGUAAAUGAAUAAGCAGUAUUUCACCACGAGUUUCGUUACCUUUUCCGGAGCGGGAAAUUCGAAACAAAGAUUCCCCCGCGGAUGCGGUCGCUGCCACAUCCAAUACAUAUUCCCAUGUGAUAUUUUGUAAAAACUCUUCAUGUACGUAAUUUUAAACAAGAUCUGUUUGAUAACAAAAAUAAAAAUUAACAAGGUAUAGAUUUAAUCCAGAAAAAAGAAAUUAAAUAAAUGUAUGUUAAACUUCUAUUUAAAUACAAUAUGCAAAGUAAGUUAAGGCAUUUAUAAGUUGUGUUUAUAAAAGAAAAUAUGGCAUAGUUUCUGCAGAAAUGAAAAUAUCAAAAAAGAAGUAUUUUUAAAAAAAGGUAGAUUUUAAUAAAAUUCCAUUUUACUAUACGUGCCAUAACUCAAUGAGAAAAAAUUAUAUAUAUAUAUAAAAUUGGUGUUUAAAAGCAAUAGAUGUUGUGAUGUAUAUAUGGUUAUUAUUAAGAUUUAUAAUGAAAAAUAACAGUAAAAUUUCUAUUAUUCAAUCUCAUUAUUCUUUAAAAAAAAAUUAUUUUAAUUCCAGUCAAAUCUUGGAAGAAUUAUUUUUCCCAUCUAUGCCAACCAAAUCUGUUUUAAAGAGGAAAAAAAAAAAAUUGUCAUAAUCAGUGGAACUUUUGUAAAUUUUUUUUAAAAAAAUAAAAAAGAAAAUAUCUGAAUUAGGUGAUUCAUAUUCUGUGUACAGUAUUAUGUAUAUUGUAAAAUGUUUUAUGUGCUUAUUAAAAAGAAUCUUUUUUUUUUCUUA